AGUGGGACGCAUCAUGUAAACAAGCCCUAAAUUUUCUUCGUAAAUUUCUCCGCAAUUUUAAAUAAACUCAAAAGAAGUUUUUUAAGAGAGAAUCGGUUCGCAAUGGACACAAAUUGCCGAACCUGUACGCGCCGUGAUGAGUUCCAAGGGGUGUCGGUCAAUUCCAUUUCCGAAAGCCACCAGGAGCCGAUUUACUUGAUGCUGGUUUACUGCACCCAGUUGCAGUUCUCGACCAACGACACGCUUCCGCAGCACAUUUGUCCGGACUGUUUGGUGCUGCUGGACGGUGCGUUCACCUUUUGGAAGCAGUGCCGCCGAACGGACACCAACUUCCGGUAUGGAGUGGCACUUAACCCGGACGACGAUGGCGCUGUAAUCCCGGCGAUCAAACCGAUUGCAAUGCCGAAAAUGACCUUUCAUUGCUGCAUUCCGAAGUGUUCCAAAGUGACGUCGAGUCUGGACGAGCUGGAAGAGCAUGCCAAGCAGGAGCAUUUCUUGAAACGGCGAGGUUUCGAGCUUCGCCGGAGCCGCUGCCACGCGCAUGUCUGCUCCGUGUGCUUGGCCGGAUUUGAAACAUUGGCGAGCUGGGAAGUUCACGAGAUGCUGCUGCACGGAGUGUGCAAAAAGGGUUUCCAACGGGACGAACGCGGUGACGAAUCCUCGGAUGCCUCGGACGAGUGGCCCGAGCAGGAACCAAUGGGAGAAACGUUCGAGCCGGAAGAGUUAAAUGUUGCGGAAGAAGAGGUGGAAGACGCUACCGCAGCAAGUGGUAAAAAGAAGCGAAAAAGUACCUUCAUUCCACGUGGAGGUACCCAAGUUUUGUUUUGUAACGGAUGCGGCUAUCAGUCGAACAAAAAGUUUAACAUGGCCCGACAUCAGCAAGUCUGGGCCCACGAGGGAGUGACUUGCUCAACGGCAGAAGCGACAGCCAAUGAAGAGCCGGCUUCGGAACCGGAAGAACCGGCUGCUACCAGUUCCGAUAACAAUUUGAUCCAGUUUGUCGAGGUUCCCGUGAAGCUCGAACCAUCCCCGAACGAAGCAGAUAGCGACGAAGCGAUGGAUGUCGCAGAGCAACACCAGCAAUCCAACGACGAAGAGAGUCCCCAACAUCAGUGCGCGUACUGCGGAAUGGUCCUGUACUCAAAAGCCAAAAAGCUGCGCCACCUUCAGUUCAGCUGCACAGCGCUGUACAAACCACGCAAAUCCAACGCCAAGCAAUGCCCCAAAUGCAACAAAAAGUUCAACUCCACAGGUCUGUCCCGGCACAUGCAGUUCUGCUCGCUGGGCACCACCAAAAAAGAGUGCCCCAACUGUGGCCGCGCGUUCAACAAAUCCUCCAACCUGAACCGCCACGUUAACCUGGGCUAUUGCACGCGCAAAAAGUUCCAGUGCAAGUUCUGUCUCGCGUGGUACGGCAAAAGUGCGGCCCUCACGCGCCAUCUCAACAACGGCUGUCCGAACGCGGCAACGGCGAACGUCGAAGGGGCGUCCCCGAAGAGGAGCGACUCGCCGACCCAAGGGCGGGUCGAGUGUCCGCACUGCUACAGUCGCUUUACCCGGCCGAGCAAUCUGAAUCGCCACCUGAAGGAGAACUGCCACGUGCUGCUCAAGAGAAGAGAGGUCGAGCAGCAGCAGCAGCAGCAACAGCAAGGGGAGGUGGCGACGGAGCAGGAUGAGAGUGUGGGCGAGGGAGUUUUCACUGAGACGUAAACGUACUGAUUGUGUGAUUAAUGUUUGAUCUUGAACAAUAAAUGUCAGUAAAUAUCCCAAGC